AUGAUUGGAAAGAAACGUUUAAAACGUUCGUCUCAUAAAUCGAGAUACAGCUCGAUGAUAGCUACGGAUUCAGGGCAUGAUCGAAAGAAAAAAACUUUCACUUCGAAUAAACGAGCGCAUUAUCCAAAAUCUCAUUAUCGGGAUCAACAAAAAAAGUCUUUGCCAACGAGAAAACGUGCAAUUGAUCUUAAAGUACCGAACAAUAUCGCGAUACCGAGUACUGUAUUUUAUAAACGUAUUUGGGAAUACAUUAACGGUACUCGUCCUCAUUCCGAUAUCAUCAGCGACUACAGUUUUUUGAAAAAUAAUUCUGAAAAUAAUUCAACGUGCGCUAAUAAAGAUCAAAUUAUAACUUCACAGUCGCAGAAACUAAAUUUACAAGUAACAACUCCUAAGAUUAAACCGGAACAAGAGUUUUAUAAACGUAUCUGGAAUAUAAUCAAUGCAACUCAAUCGAUAUAUGGAAACACGAAAGCUCGUUCUAAACGAAAUAUCUCGAAAAGUAAUACUCAAUUAUGCAUGCAAGAAGGAAAGGUUAAUCAUACAGAAGAUAAACAGCUGCAAGCGAUAAAUGAUAAAGUGACACUUGAAACCGCGGAAACGACAAAUUCGCGAAAAAUAUCUAAUCCUUAUAUAUCAGGCUUUACUAAUAAAACUCAAUGGCAACCUACAACUCCAAUAGUGAACAUGAUAAAAUUAAAUAAUGAUCUGAUCUCGUCGUCAAACGUAAAUACUGCAAGCGCUUCCGAAGUAGAUGACUUGAAUAAAUUUCCUGAUAAUGUCGAAACUAAUAUUGAUUAUUUGUCUUCUGAUAAUGCAACGGAACAUGAAAAGCAUAAUAAAUCACAAAAAGUCACAAUUGAGCCAAGAUUGCCAUAUUUUUCUAAAGAACAAGAAAAUUCUACCGUUUCAUCUUCACUAAUCAAGCACACGAUUGAUAAUACUUCGGAAAAGGAAGAUCAAAUAAAAUAUACAAAUGAUUAUUCAAUCAACACAACUCCGAUUUAUGAUGCGGUAAAUAUUCCUUACGUAGAGGUACCAGAUUAUGCUGAGCAACAAGAAGAGAGUUUAGAUAAAGACAAUCAGAACUCAACUGCAGCAAAUUAUAAAGUAUAUGAUGACAGCGAUUAUAUUGAUUUUAAAAGUACUUACAAUCCUGUUGAAAUCUCGUCGAAGUCGCCAAACGCUGAGAUUAAAGUAUUACAGAAUAUUCAAACCGAAAAUAACGAACCGGAGAUUUCAUUAAAUGUAAAUACCUCGCAUUCACGUUGCACAGAAAAUAAUAAAGAUUCUAUCGAAUGUACUGAUAAGUAUGAUGUUGAAGAUACUAACAAGUAUGAUAUUAAAGAUACCGAAUUAAGCAAUAAUACCGAAAUUAGCGACGAUGUUCAACAUUCUAAAGAAGAUUCCGUAGAAUCUAUGUUAUCCAACGAACGUAAAAAUUCUGCUACAGAUUUUAUUGAUUUUGAUAUAAAUGAAUAUAAAAAACCGUUUAAUUUUGAUGAUUUUAUUAAAAACGACCCUAUAUUUGAAAGUAUACAAACUACUCAUGGCAAGGAAAACAAGAAAUACAAGCAAAAACCCGCAGAUCGCAGCAAAGAAUCUGAAGAGUUCGACAUAUAUGCCACGGUUCCAAAAGAAAAAUCAUACAAUUAUUUCAGAAAGAACGGAAAUUACGAUGAUGGAAUCAUUUUUGAUGAUAGAGAUGAGGCAAAAAAGAAUAUUCACUCUUCGACGGAAGAGAAAGCGGAAGAUAGUGACGUAAUCAAUGAAGAUUAUUAUCAUUAUGACGAUAAAGAUUUCCUUAAGCAUAUUUUCGGAGAGAACAAUGAUAAAGAAUCAUCCGAAUCGAUCGACACGGAGAAUGAAUUUUUAUCUCGUUAUUUUACAAAGGAUAUUUUGGAUCAAUUGCGAGAUAACUCAACAGCCGAAGAAGAGAGACAAAAAGAAGAAUCGAGAAAAAGAGAAGAAGUGCAUAAAACAUUGUCAAAAAUUUUGGAUAAGAAGGACCGUUUCUCUAGAUUAGAUGAGAAUCUCGACAAAAUGAUUGAAGAAGGUGAAACGGUGCCGAUCAGAUAUAAAAAUUUCUGGAGCUUAGAAUAUGAGUCGCCUCGUAAGAAAAAUGAGACGAGUGAAGAAACAGAAACUUAG